ACGUGUGCAAUAGACCACCGGUGUUUACUUUCACGGAAGAACUCUCAUAAUAUUUAAACGAAUCUUUAAUGUGACAAUUAAUAAUGAGUCGAAAUUAUUAAUAUAUUGACAGAAAUGCCUUUUUUGUGCUUACAGGUUUUUACAAUGUGGCUGUCAAUAUAUUUUUUAAUUAAAUAUUAAUAAGUGUACGGUCAACUACCAACGCAGGAUCCAACAAUAAGACGAAAAAGCUGCUGUAAGCUCUCAGUAGACUGGGAGGCCGUGUCCUCUCUUCAGCUUUCGGAGGCUGUACCAAUGUUGGAGAUCAUAACGGUUUCUCCCUAGAACAACCCAACCAGAUACAGCAAUGGACCAAUAAGUUGCCCGCCGGCGGAAUCGACUGUUCCCUAGAGCGGAUGACCACAGCAGAGCAUAAGGAAACCGAUAUAAUCGAGUGCAUGAACAUGCAAGCUGUUGAUUAUGCUAAUAAAGGUGGCCUAAUCACAGUUAGACACCAUCUACCAAAUCCUAUCUUUGGUGGAAAUAACGCAGACGGGAAAGUCGCUUACAAGAUUGCUGUUUACAACAACGCCUAUGCCGCCAUUCUUAUUUUAUUUUAUUCCCCGGCCCAGGAAAACCUCGUAUAGCCUAAUAAGCGAGGACAAUCUGGGGAACAUGGAGAUGAGAUACAUUUUAUUUACUGCUUUCCUCUGUCAUGCGGCUGUGAGCAUUCAAUCUGCUGCAAAUCCCAGAGCCAACGAAAAUACUAAGAAGUUAUUAGCUGCUAUGAGCAACAUUGGGGACCGGAUUCUCUCCGGAGCAUUCGGAGGCUACAACCGGUUCCAGCAUGAGAUCGGCUUCUCCAUGAAUCAAGCCAACCAAAUAAAGAGCUUGACUAACAAAUUACCCGCCGUCUACGGAAUCGACUGUUCUCCAGGUUGGGCGAAAACUGCUGAAGGGCGUGAAACCGACGUCAUCGAUUGCUAUAACUCUCUGGCGGUAGAUUACGCCAAAAAGGGCGGUAUUAUUACCGUUAGUCACCACAUACCGAAUCCUGUAUAUCCAGGCAACAAUUAUAUCGGAGACGGAGAAAUUAACAACAGUGAUUACGCCGCUAUUCUCCAAGACGGAACUCCAAUAAGGAACAGGUGGUUGAAAACGAUGGAAAAGAUCGCUGAAGGCUUACAACAGUAUAAGAACCAAGGAAUAACCAUCCUAUAUCGUCCCUUCCACGAAAUGAACGGACCCUGGUUCUGGUGGUCAGCUAUGAAAGACGAAACUCAAAACGAAGAGCGAAAGCGCCUCUUCAAGAUGCUCUGGAAGGAACUUUUCAACUUCAUGGCAAAUAAGGGCUUGGACAACAUCCUUUGGGUCUACUCUCCCGAUCAAAGCAGAGAGUCCAGAACCGCUUAUUAUCCUGGCGAUGAAUACGUGGACAUCGUUGGUUUGGACUGGUACUCCGACGACCCAAACCAGCUUAAGGGCUACGAUGAGAUGACCAGCCUGGGCAAGCCUUUCACCUUCGCCGAAGUCGGCCCUUAUUCCAAAGACGGACAGUUCGAUUACGAUCGUUUCAUGAAAAUAGUUGCGUCCCGAUACCCUAAGGCAAUUUACUUCAUGCCUUGGAACGCUGAAUGGAGUCCUAUUUAUAACAAAAACCCUUCCGGGGCUUACAAUCACCCGAAGGUGAUGAAUUUGGGAGAACUAAAGGUUUAGUUGAUCUUUGAUCUUUUCUAAAUUAAGUUGCAUUUAAUAAAUUUCUGAUUCAUUGAAAGAAACUAUUAUUAUACCUCCAACCUACAACUAUAAUCCCACUAGUA